AUUAUAUUAAAACUCCCACCCCCACCACACCCCUACCCCGCCGCUGACGCCCCACCACACCCCUCCCCGCCACUGACGCCCCAUCCCCACCACUGUCCUACCUCCGUCGCGCCCUUGUUGUCCGCCGCCACUAAAGACGCUCGAGAGGGGUCAGGAAGUACCUCAAGAUGAAGUCUUCAAGAUUACUCACACGAGGAAGGCGAAGAACGCCGAUGGUACGGACCAAUAAAUUGGGCCUAGGGCUCAGCAAACCUAUACCGAGUUUCUUUCAGACCGAGUUUCAACAACACAAGUUGGAAUAUUGUGCCAGUCAGCCAGCCGGGACGUCAAUGACCAACGAGAUAAUUGCUCAGCAGUGGAUGGAGAAGGUAGCUCCCCCGACAAGGUAUGGGACAAUUUAUGGGAUGCCUAAUCAAGCAUGUCGUCAAUUUCCGUCGUUCCUUCAAGGCGUAGGUACUACUUCUGAAGGGACAGUGGAUCCUAAGGAGUACCAAGAAAUGAAGCUGAAAGUUAGUCAACUAACAAGUACACUUAGUUCCACGGAGGCAAGGAUGUUGCAUAUGCAGGCCCAAAUUGACAGCUUACUCAACUCGGGGCCCUCUCAUAUUCCCCCGUGUCACGGGGAUGCUCGUAGGUCACAGCCCAGUAGACGACGUAGGUCACAAGACAACGUAGUUCAUGCUCUUUUUGAUGAGGAUAGUGGGGAGGAAUCGGAUCAUGUCUCUAACACCCAACGUUGACUUUUUUGAUUCGUAUACUUUUGGAUUGUAAUAUUGCUAUGUUUCUUGGAUAUAUCUUUUUUUUAUGAUAGUUUUAAUUCGAAUUAGAUGUACUUUUGAAGGUGAAUUUGAUUGUAGGAAGUAGUUUAUGGAUGUUUAACUUUACGAUGUUUAAGUGUUUAAAUGUAGAAAGUAGUUUAUGGUUGUUUAACUUUAGGAUGUUUAAGUGUUUGAAUGUAGUUUUAAGGAUAUUUAGAAGUACUUUAAAUUGAAACUUGAGGUUGAAUUUGAUU